AUGGAUGCCGAUUGCAAAGUACAGAGGAUAUCAUUCAGCAAGGUCUCUCAAGCUGAGAAGGAGUCGACGUUUAUUGCUCCCGCUCAGCUAAUAAGCCCUGCCGGAAUCGCCGCCGUCUGGCUGACUCAGUUGCUAAUUGGUUCUCUGAUCCACAGUCAGCGACACCCUGAGCGGAAGAAGAAGGCACAUCUUCCCGACAGAAAAUGGAAUCGAUCACGAAUUGAUUCUACACCAAACUCCUCCGCUCAUCAACACCCCUGUCAAACGCCGUUAUCCCCACUGGAGAAACUACCCCAGAUUUUAUCUGCUGCAGUACGCGCCGCAAUCCAGACCAUAUAUGUAGCCACAGCUCCAAAUCGGAUCACGUUUUGGCCGGCACUUUACGAGCUAGAGGACAUCGCAUACGAGAUUCUUGUGGCGCACCUAGCGGAAAGGAUACCCGAUCAGUGGCCCAAAUAA